CCAUUCACAAAUGAUCUUAAUUCCCGAUCAAAAAUGGGCCCAUCAAACUCACAAGGAAAAGAGAUCAACAUACACACCGAGUCCGACACAGAAUGUAACAUUACGGUCCCGAGUCGGACAAACGAUUUCUCCGACGAACAACCGGUUACCGAAACGUAUAAUCCAUCGUCAGAUGAAACGAAAUCCAAAGAAAUCGAGGUAAUUGCGGAGGAUAAGGAGAAUGACAUCCACAAGGGUGUCUCUGACGACCGUGCGCCUGUUGACGGCCCCUGCCUGCUUCUCACUGAGGCCAGCCCAGACGUGACCCCCACCUGUCAGCUGGAGGCCGGAGACGCAGAGACGCUGCGGAGGGCCAGGGAGGAGGGACGCGUGGAUGUGGUGUUCCCGAAGCCGGUCACCCAGGAGGGCUGCUGCCGAUUUGUCACUGAGAUAUUGAAGUGCGUCCUCUACCAGAGACAGCAGCUGCCCAUGACCUACGACCAGCUGGUCUUCACACAGAAAAGUCAGAAUGAGGAGUUAAGCUGGAGGCUGGGUGAGUCCGUCGCAGGAGGCUUGGACUGGAGGAAAUGCCAGCGGACCCUCCAGGACCUCCAGGAAGUGCUUCAACAACUUGAGGUGCUCUUCACACUCUCCCUGGUCCCCCGGGUUCUCCUCCUUCUCGGAGGCUCCCUGCUCCUCCCUAAGGAGCUGUACGAGGUCAACAUGGAAGAGGUGAUCCUAGCCGCUGGUGACCGGAGCCUACGCGUCUCCUCCUGUCUGCGCCAAAUCUUCCGUACCCUGUUCGUGGCGGACCUGUUGUCCGACGCCAAGCCUGUCCGGCUCACGGCCACAACAGUCAUGGUUCUGGCCCACAGAAACUGUGGGGUGGCGUGGUUCCGGCCCAGGCUGGAAUUCAAGGUGCCCACGCGUGUAAAGAGCAAGGUCAUUGGUCUGUCGUGUGAUCCAAGUACUGUGGGUGGACCGCCGAAGGGGGACGGUCAGACUGGCUGGAAGGACUAUGUGUGGUUCCAGGCCCCCUUGGCGAUCAAGGGCUUCAACAAGUGAUGCCAAGUGAAGGCAAGGACACCCACAGCCAUGGUUUGACGGGACACAAGGGCUCGUAUUCAGCGUCUCAGAGUAGGAUUGCUGAUCUAGGAUCUGUCCUGUUUGUUUAUUCACUCCGACACAAAUGUAUCACACCUGAUUCUAAUAAUUACAGCGUUAAUAACUGAUUGAGGCUACAUAUACAUGGGGUUGGAGUGAAACAAUCAUAAUGACAAGGGAAGACAUGACCCUGUAUCUGCACUCCUGUUCUGAGAUGACCCGUGAAUACGGACCCAGGAGUGUUGGUGGGGGGAACCUGAAACAGGUCACCUCUCAAGUGUGGUUGUACAUCUGUACAGAAUUAUUUGAACUAUUAUAUUUUCCAUCUUAAGUGUUUACAUCCGCCAGUGUUUGUCACUUGAAAAGUACUGUAUUUUAAACAAAGACCAUUGAUUGCAAAGUAGUUUUAGUGUUUUAUCCCCUUCUAUUCUGAUAUAACUCA